AGGAAGCGAGGCCAGACACUCAUUCGUUCAUUCAUUCACUCACUCCAAAGACGCUUGGCGGGCCCUGGCUGCGUCCCCGCACUUGCCCACGACAGCCUGCAAUCCCUACCCCGCUGGGGUGACAGGCGGCUGAGGACACAGCCCAGAAACACGAGAAAUGAGUAAAUCACAUUGUCGGGACAGAUAAGGGCGGGAGAGACCGCCAGGGGCCCGCACCGGACGGACCCUCGUUAUCUGAGGAGGGGGAACCUCACCACGCUCCGCCUGCGCCCACCCCUCCCCCACUGCGCAGCCCAGCCGGGGGUGGGAGCAGGAAAUGGGGAGGGACCUGGGCCCGGCCCGCAGGGAUCUAUCUGCGGGGAGGGGGGGACACAGGCUCCGCCCGCCGGUACUGAGGAUCCCUCCCAGUCCCCGCGCUGCCCUGGUCGCUCCGUCGACGGGGCGUCCUUAGGGUUCGGUUAGAGGCUCGGUUGGCAGGUAGGUGGGACAUGGGGAGGGCCUAGUCCCUUGGCACCCGGGGACAGACGAGACUCCUGAGCUGCAGGGAAGGGGCUCUGGCUGCGGCCGCCCCUGCUGGAGAUCCCUCCCCUUUUCCGCCUCUCGGAGUCCUCCCAGCGCGACGGAGCGUCCCUGGGAAGCCUCGCCGGUGCCAGUCGCCGCCGGGGCGUGCUCCGGUGCCGCGGCGGGUGGCACAGGCUGGCAGCCACGGGCUGAGUGCCCGGCCCCUAAGGGGGGGGCCUGCCAGCUCCAGACCCGCUCUCAGAGCAGCGGCCGCUCACUUGGCUCCAAGCAGCGGGACUGCAGGGGACGCACGACCAGGGCGUGUUGCCUUGGGGCGCGCAGCCCAUGGAGUCGGGGCUGCUGCGACCCGCGCCGGUGAGCGAGGUCAUCGUCCUGCAUUACAACUACACCGGCAAGCUCCGCGGGGCCCGCUACCAGCCUGGCGCGGGCCUGCGCGCCGACGCCGCCGUGUGCCUGGCGGUGUGCGCGUUCAUCGUGCUCGAGAACUCGGCCGUGCUGUUGGUGCUCGGGCGCCACCCGCGCUUCCACGCGCCCAUGUUCCUGCUCCUGGGCAGCCUGACGCUGUCGGAUUUGCUGGCUGGAGCCGCCUACGCCGCCAACAUCCUGCUGUCGGGGCCGCUCACGCUGCGACUGUCGCCCGCGCUCUGGUUCGCGCGGGAGGGAGGCGUCUUCGUGGCGCUCGCCGCGUCCGUGCUGAGCCUCCUCGCCAUCGCGCUGGAGCGUCGCCUCACCAUGGCGCGCCGGGGACCCGCGCCCGCCGCCAGUCGGGGGCGCACGCUGGCGCUGGCGGCUGCCGCCUGGGCAGUGUCGCUGCUCCUUGGGCUGCUGCCGGCGCUUGGCUGGAAUUGCCUGGGUCGUCUGGACGCUUGCUCCACGGUCCUGCCGCUCUACGCCAAGGCCUACGUGCUCUUCUGCGUGCUCGCCUUCGUGGGCAUCCUGGCCGCCAUCUGUGCCCUCUACGCGCGCAUCUAUUGCCAGGUGCGCGCCAACGCGCAGCGUCUGCGGGCGCGACCGCGGACCGGCGGGGGCACUGCCACCCGGGCGCGCCGCACACCACGCUCGCUGGCGCUGCUGCGCACGCUCAGCGUCGUGCUCGUGGCCUUUGUGGCGUGCUGGGGCCCUCUCUUCCUGCUGCUGUUGCUCGACGUGGCGUGCCCUGCGCGCGCCUGUCCCGUGCUCCUGCAAGCCGACCCCUUCCUGGGCCUGGCCAUGGCCAACUCGCUUCUGAACCCCAUCAUCUACACGCUCACCAACCGCGACCUGCGCCAAGCGCUCCUGCGCCUCCUCUGCUGCGGCCGCCACCCCUGCUGCCGAGGCCGGGCUGGCUCCCCGCGGUCCGGGAGCACGGCGGGGGCUUCGGGUGGCCUGCGCCACUGCCUGCCCCCGGGUCUGGACGGCAGCUCAGAGCGCUCGUCACCCCAGCGCGAAGAGCUGGACACCAGCGGCUCCACGGGUAGCCCCGGCGCGCCCAAGGCCGCCCCGACACUGGUACCCGAACCGGUGGCAGACUGAUGCCUUCGCCCAUCUUUGUCUUCCCCGAGAGUCUUGCAGACGUUUGCUUUAUAAAGGAAACUGUGGGAAACACAGCCGAAGACGGUGGAGGCGGAAAAGACGCAGGGGAAAUGUAUUUAUGGACGCUAAACCCCACAACAGUGAACAGAAAAAAAAUCCUUGCUUUCGUGGAAUUGACGUUCUAGUGGGGAAUUUAGACAAUAACGGAGUGACAAAAUAAUGGAGAUAAUUCCAGUGACAAUACAGAGAUGUGAUGGUGGCCAGGGGAGGCCUCCCUGAAGAGGUGGUGACUUGUGAUAUGAGUGGAGAUCUCCUUGUCCCUGGAACACCUAAAGGAAAAGCAUUUCGGCAUGAGGGAAUGGCAAGUGCAAAGGCCCUGAGGUUGGAACGUGCCCGCGUGUUCUGGGAAGAGCAAGGAUGCCAGUGCAGCUGCAGCAGCUAUGUAGUGGAAGGUGACGAAAGGAGGCAGAUGAAGGGGCAGAUCGUGCAGGGAGGACUUUGCUUUUGUUUGGAGUGAGGUGGGAGCCAUCCAGGGUUCUAAGGAGAGGAGGGACUUGCCCUGGUUCAAGCAUCCGCAGGUGCCUUGUGGCUUUUGUGGAGGACAAGGGUGGAAGCAGGUGAACAGGGGCUACACUGGAGCAAUGACA